CUGGCUGCUGGUCAGACUAAGGGAGACAGAGACAGAAGAGAGACAGGGUUCAAGGGACUUUACUCGCUCCUGGAUGGUGAAUCCACAGAGCUCUGUGGGGUCAGAGGCAUACCACUGAGCUUAAGACAUCUACAGACACAAUAACAACACUCCAAGACAUACAGACAGACACAGACCUGGAGCAGAUCCAGGAUGGAGCUAUACCUGGCCUUUAUGCUGGGGAUCCUGCCCACUGCAGCUCAAGAAUGGCGGCGUCCUGUGAUCAAGUUAAACUCAGAGGUCGUGGUUGGGCCUGACGUAGUACUGAACCCUGGCACCCCAUUGGUCCUGAAGUGUGAGGGGGAUGGGCCAGUCAACUGGCUGACCCGGUUAUCCAAACACAAGAGCUUAAUCUCCAAGGGCAACGGGAGAGUCAGAACCUUCAGGGUGGAACGUCCCUCUGCAGAACACACCGGGACAUAUAAGUGUGAAUAUACUAGUGGGAACGUCAAGGGUCGGGACUUGUUCUCUACUGUGCACGUCUAUGUGAAAGACCCAGACAGCCUGUUUUGGACCAGCAGCACAUCCCUGCAUGUGGUGAGGAAGGAGGGGGAGGACCACCUUCUCCCCUGCAUGCUGACCGACCCAGAGGCCACAGACUUGGGGCUCCGCAUGGACAACUGUACCUCUGUGCCCCCAGGGAUGAACUACAUAGCAGACCCCCGCAGAGGCAUCCUCAUCCGCAACCUCCACCCCAGCUACAAUGCUGACUACGUCUGCAGCGCCAAGCUCCACGGGGUGGAGAGGACAUCCAAGGCUUUCAACCUCAACAUCAUCCAAAGGCUGCGUUUCCCACCUUAUGUAUUCCUGGAGAUGGACGAGUAUGUUCGUAUCGUGGGUGAGAAGCUGAGCAUCCACUGCACCACACACAACCCCAACUUCAACUUUAAUGUCACGUGGAAUUACAGCUCCAAAAAGAGAUUUACCAUAGAGCAGAAUGUCCAAUCAGUGGACACUAACCGUCUGGACAUUGAAAGCAUCCUGACCAUCCCUGCAGUGGACCAGUCAGACACAGGCAACAUUACCUGCAUCGGCACCAACGAGGCUGGAGUGAACAAAUCUACCACCUCUCUGCUGGUUGUAGAGGAGCCCUACAUCCGUCUUUCUCCCCAGCCGUCCUCCAAGCUGGCUCACCAGGGCCUGUCCAUUGAGGUGAACGAGGGGGAGGACCGGAAGCUCAGUGUCCUGAUCGAGGCGUACCCCCAGAUCAUAGGCCAGCACUGGGAGACCCCUACAGCCUCCUCCACGCAGGAACAAACCUUUACACGCUAUAACAAUAGGUAUUCCGCUACCCUGCUGCUCAAGAGGAUGAUUACACAGGAGCAGGGCCAGUACACCUUCUAUGCCAGGAGUUCCAUGGCCAACGCAUCCAUUACAUUCCAAAUCCAAAUGUAUCAGAGGCCGGUUGCCGUGGUGAGAUGGGAGAACAUCACCACCCUCACGUGCACGUCGUUUGGUUACCCUGCUCCCAUAAUCCUCUGGUACCAGUGCUCUGGAAUCCGAACCACGUGCAAUGAGAAUGCAACAGGUCUCCAGAUGCCUGCUCCUCUCUUGGCCCAAACGGUCGAGGUCCAGAGGGAGGAGUACGGAGCGGUCGAGGUCCAGAGCGUCCUGACAGUGGGACCAUCCAGUCGUAGGAUGACCGUGGAGUGUGUCGCCUUCAACCUGGUUGGCGUCGGUAAAGACACCUUUGCCAUGGAAGUUUCCGAUAAAAUGUUCCCCUCCACCCUAUCGGGAGCAGCUGGUGUUCUGGCCUUCCUCCUCCUGCUACUCAUGGUCCUGCUCUACAAGUACAAGCAGAAACCGAGAUAUGAGAUCCGGUGGAAGAUCAUCCAGGCCAAUGAAGGAAACAACUACACCUUUAUCGACCCAACUCAGAUGCCGUACAAUGAGAAGUGGGAGUUUCCCAGGGACAAGCUCAAGCUAGGGAAGAUCCUAGGAGCCGGGGCCUUUGGGAAGGUGGUGGAGGCCACAGCCUAUGGUCUGGGGGAGGACGACAACGCGAUGCGAGUGGCUGUAAAGAUGCUCAAAGCCAGGGCCCACUCAGAUGAGAGAGAGGCUUUGAUGUCAGAACUGAAGAUCCUGAGUCUCCUGGGACAGCACAAGAACAUUGUCAACCUCCUGGGAGCCUGCACUCAGGCGGGACCUGUACUGGUGAUCACUGAGUACUGUAGUUAUGGCGACCUUCUGAACUUCCUGCGACACAAGCAGGAGACCUUCCUGAACUUUGUCAUGAACAUACCAGAGGUACCAGAAGAGACCAGUGACUACAAGAACCUCUGUGAGGGGAAACAGUUCAUCAGAAAUGAUAGUGGGAUAGCCAGUGUGUGUUCUGACAGCUACCUGGAGAUGAGGCCUGGUCCCCAGCCUGUCAACUCCUCUCUGGACUCUGUGUGUGAGGAGGGUGGGCCGGACUCGUGGCCGUUGGACAUGGAUGACCUGCUGAGGUUCUCCUACCAGGUGGCUCAGGGCCUGGACUUCCUGGCAGCCAAGAACUGUAUUCACCGGGACGUUGCAGCCCGGAACGUUCUCCUGACAGACCGCCGUGUGGCUAAGAUCUGUGACUUCGGCCUGGCACGUGACAUCAUGAAUGACUCCAACUAUGUGGUGAAGGGCAAUGCGCGUCUGCCAGUGAAGUGGAUGGCUCCAGAGAGUAUCUUUGACUGUCUCUACACUGUCCAGAGUGACGUCUGGUCCUAUGGGAUCCUGCUAUGGGAGAUAUUCUCUCUAGGAAAGAGCCCCUACCCCAGUAUCCUGGUGGACACUAAAUUCUACAACAUGAUAAAGUGUGGUUAUCAGAUGUCUCGACCAGACUUCGCACUUCCAGAGAUGUAUACGAUCAUGAAAAUGUGCUGGAAUCUGGAGCCAACAGAGCGACCGACCUUCAGCAAGAUCAACCAGCUGAUUGAGAGACUACUGGGUGAGCAGCCAGAACGUCCAGAUCAGUGUUCUGCUCUCCUGUCCCAGCAGCACCAGAACGUCCAGCUGCAGCAGGACAUGAUGGUUGAGGAGUUGGAGCCGUGUGAUGAUGAUGAUGAGCCUAAGUGUUGUGAUGGCUCCUGUGACCAGUUGUGUGAGCACGAAGAGGAGGAGCAACCGCUGAUGAAGACCAAUAACUAUCAGUUCUGCUGAAAAGCAUAAUUCUAUUUCUAUGUCUGACAUCAUCAAACUAUCCACAUUCUGAUAUGGAAUUCGUCCACAUUCUAUCGUCUCCUGCUCACUGUAGAAUCAUUCUGGGAGCAGGAGAAGAUAUUUUUACGCCCAGUUUUACACUGUAGACAGGCAGCUGAGAGAGUCAUGUCAUGUGACUUGUUAUAUCCCAUGACAAGUUUUGGAAAAACAAAAGGAGAGAAUUCAUCUAAUCACAGAUAGUGCCUUAGUUGUGUAGUUAAUAUAUAUAAUGCCAUAUUUUACAUAAAUUACUCUUCUUUGUUGUAUGCUUUGGAGAUUAUCUUUUAAAUCUAUGCACUAAAGAUGCAUCUACCCUGCCUGACCAGAUUGUGUUGCUCACAGUUUUUUGUAGGCUAUUUGUCCUCUUUAUGUACAUUAUAUUCUUCUGUAGCCACUAUGGAUAGGGUUGAUUUCUUAUUUGUGGGAACUGGGAACGAAUGCUGCUGUGGUGUUUCAAUUUACAUUUGUCAGCGGGUUCACUUUCACAUUGUAGGAUGACCUUUUCUCAACAUGCUACGCAGCAGCAAGACAGUAGCAAACAAUGCAAUAGUAUAAUUUCUGCUACAAUAUAUUUGAACAUAUUCUAUAUUUGUAUGAUGGCUUAGUUUGAUGCUGGACGUAAUAACAUGAGAUAAAAUCUAACUGGGGACCACAUUCCAUGUAUUGUCCUUCAGCUUAAAACCUGCUGCAUGAAUCAUUGAAAUGGAUUGUGUGACGCUAUUUACAUCAAUGAAAGCAGGUGUAUUGGUUUUUUUAUCUCUAGCGAUAGUAGUUUCGUAUGACAGUCACAAUAUCUUCAGAGUUACUCUCUCGUGGACACAAUCACGCAGCUGACUAAAUGAUGCAAGAUUUUAGUUGUGGGUUAACCAAUAUUACUUCAGACUCAGCCAGUCGAUGGCAACGUGAUUGUCAUAUGCUACAGUACAGAAUGAAAGGCAGAUAAAACUGUAUAGGGAAAUCCGUGGAUCCAAGUAUAGACAACACAAAGGCUUUGUUUUUGAUUGACUCAAUCGAUUGUUCAUUUCUAUAACACUCAAUAUUUUGAUGUUCAUUAAUUGAUCAGUUCAUAAUUUCUGGGGGUAAAUUAUGCAAAAAAAAAUGUUGAUUCAUUGUAUUGAAUGUAGAAUUCAGCUAAUACUGCCUACUGUAAUUAUGAUGAUUGCAGAUACAAGCUCUACGUCAGAGUGAAAAGCUAUAUGUCAGAAUUGUUGUAAGACAUUUACUUGGAUUGUCAGCAGCUAUUCUGACUACUGAGUAGAAAGGAAAUAAAAGUAUGAGCUUUUUAUUAAAGGGAAAUUUCAAAAAUGUU